AUGACGCGUAGUAAAAAAGUGAGCGAGGAAGCGACCGCGACGACCCUAGCCAUAUUGAAACCGGUGACCAAGAUUCCUCACACUCCGCCGGAGGAGAGCAAAGAAAACAAGAAAGCGGCCGUCCAAGAGAAGGAGCCUUUCGAGGCGCGCGAGCCCAAGGUGGAGGGCAGCUACCACAUCGUGCCGCGCGCCUCGUCGCAGCUGCCGUGCGCGCAGUACAAGACGGACAAAGGCUACAAGUGCCCCAACUGCCAGCGCUGCUACAACGCGCGCAAGAACCUCGUGCGCCACGUGACGCUCGAGUGCGGCCGCGAGCCUCAGUACAAGUGUCCCUACUGCGCCUACAGCAAGCACCGCCGCAACGAGCUCAAGAAGCACAUCGAGAAGAAGCACCCCAACUGCAUGCAGCUGGCCUCGAGCCCCGUCACCGUCAAGUGA